AGUGACGGUGUCGUACCCGAAAGAGUUACAUGAUGCCCACAACGAAAUGCCGUUUCUACCUGAACGAAAAUGUCCACCUAAUUCACGGGUCAAAAAACUGUUGUCUACUUUCGAUCGGAAAGAAAACUACGUUAUACACUAUUUAAAUUUAAAACAAACUAUGGCAAACGGAUUAAAAGUAGAAAAGGUGCAUAAGGUGUUACAAUUUAAGCAGUCGGCCUGGCUAUCAAAAUAUAUACAACUCAACACGGAGAUGAGACAGAAAGCCAAAAAUGAUUUUGAAAAAGACUUUUUUAAAUUAAUGAACAACGCUGUUUUUGGUAAAAUGAUGGAACGUGUACAAUUUAGAACGCAAAUGGAAUUGGUCAAUAAUCCUAAACGAGCGGCUAAAUUAAUUAGAAAGCAUAAUUUCAAACAUUGUACAACGUACAGUGAAAAUUUAUCAGCGUUUGUAUUGGAAAAGAAAAUUAUCGAUUUUUGUAAACCAGUAUACGUAGGUUUCGCAAUUUUAGAAAUUAGUAAAACUCUCGUAUACGAUUUCCAUUACAACGUAAUGAAGAAAUAUUUCAAAGACCGUGCUCGACUGUUAUACGGUGACACAGAUUCAUUAGUGUACUUUAUCAAAAAUCCUGAUCUAUUGGCUAGACUUGACACUUCAGGUUUGCCGAGCAGUCACCCGUGUUAUUCAAACGCUAACAAAAAGGUACCUGGUUUGUGGAGUGACGAAGCGCCGGGGAAAUCUAUAUUGGAGUUUAUUAGUCUAAGACCAAAAUGUUAUGGUUUUGACUUGGAGGGUAAAGAAAAAAUUAAGGCGAAAGGGAUACGUGGUCACGUUGUGAAAAAUCAUCUUACAGUCGAGGACCUGAAACGGUGUUUGUAUGCUGAAGAGGAGCCUGCAGUAAGCGAGGCUCAUGCAACAGCGGCUAUAUAUGGCACGAUGGUUGUAAACAACAUUCAUGAGAGAGCCGUGGACCCUUAUUGCCCCGUUGUAAAGUACCCGACUUAUACACCAUACAGAGAAAAUGUGUCAAUCAGAUCAUUUCAACACCAAAUAUACACCAUUAAGACUAUGAAAAUGACAUUAAACCGUUUAGAUGAUAAGCGGGUUAUAUCAGAAGACCGUAUUACUACCUACGCUUACGGUCAUUAUAAACUAGAGAAUGAAGACAGCAUUGAAACUUAAGAUUUGUAGAUACAUCUUAUAAACUAAUGUAAAAAUAAUUAACAGAUUACAAAAAUUUAUUGUUGAAAU